CGACGAUGGCCGACUCAGUAACGGCACCACCAGCAUCAGCUCAGUCUACUCCAUCUCGCUCCUCUCGCCAUGAUAUGGAGGGCCUCGGAAAAUUCAAACUCUCAAACGCAGCACCGAGAGGCAACUCGUAUAAAUCAAAGUUCUUUGUUCUGAAAGAAACCUAUGAUACCGUCACAGCGAAGCGCGAAGAACUGCGCAGAGAGCUCGAAGUUGCAAACACACGUCUGAAAGCGGUUCAAGCAGAAAACGACCUUCUGUUAGACGCAAUGCAAAUCGUCGCACCCUCACAACCUACUCUCGUCAACAUCCUCCACCAAAUGGAGGACGUACCGGUAUCCAUACCGGCUCCUCAUCCUUCGAGCAGUGGUGGCACCGAACAAAUGUACCCAGAUCACUACGGUCCCUCCGGCUACGUGCCACCACCUGAUCACCCAGGCCAGCACGAAGGUCAAAUUAUAGAUGCUGCACCACUAAACGGAACCGCAGUUAGUGACGGAUACUCACAUGCAGCCACAGUAAAUGGUCGAACGCGUACACGCGAGUUCCGUGAACGGGACGACCAUCCCGCCGAUGAAGAAAUGCUGGACGACGAUAUACCAAUCGCCGAGCGGGACCACGACCAUUCACUGUCACACGAACGUGAACGGGAUUACGCAGCGGGAGCAGCCGCGGGGACAAACGGACGAUGAGCAAAAACAACUCAAGGACAUGUCAGGCGGGCACCGGAACCCAGGAGCUAGGUCUCAGUAAUUGAUCUGUUAUAUGUAUUCCGUUCUUACGCUGUACUAUACUCCGUCCUCAACCUGUCCGUUUUUCCAAUUCACCUGAAACUCGAUUUCGUAACGCCUGACCCAUCUGACUCAGUACUACAUCAGCAAAAAUUUCUAACUUCUGUGUUCGUGUAAUAUUUCUUUCCGAGGAUCAUAGACGAAUGUAGUGUUUCGUUUUAUGUACCC